AUGGCGUUCAAGACUAUCUACACCGCUUCCGGCAAGCGCUUCCCCGAGGAACUAAUGCAACAAAUCUCGCAUGAAAUCCUUGAAAGCUCCGACCCGUCCCUCCUCAAGGUGCUCCAGACUAUUUCCAAGGACAUGUACAAGAGUGUCACUCCAGUACUGUACCGACACAUCAGAUUCUCCCGCAAGUCAUUUGACAGAUUGUUCAAAACUCUGAAGUCGAUCCCCAAAAAGGAGAUACCUAUCUUCGUACAGUCCCCUUCUACCUUUCCGGAUCCCGACCUUCCAAGUACUCUGAGAAUCCGCCAAAAUCUGUCAUAUAUCGAAAGAAUCAGUAUAGAUCUUACGACAUUCUCAAUGAAAGAAUCCCAAUACGAUAAGAUGUUAGGUCUUUUGAUCUUCCUGAGAGAAUGGAUGGAUCAAUUUAUGUUGCCGAAUGCGUCUUCGAUCUGUUAUAGACUUUCAUCAAGACAUAAGCCCCCAGAGAAAGUUCUGAGGAUCAUCCAUUAUCUUUGUAGACCCAACAACGUAUGUAUCAGAUGGGACGAGUACGAUCCGGGGGAUGAAGAUAUCGAUGAAGAUGAUACCUAUGUAGAUGGUGAAAAAGAACAUGUUGGUAUCAGACCGAUGCUUCCCACUGGAUCCUCAGACGAGAGAAUCACGUACCAUAAUAUUGAUGUGAAUCUCCUUCAAGACAUCAAUGUUUCGUCAAAGUCGACCAAAUUGUCUUUAGGAAAAAUUGUUCCUUGCGAGAAGGUCUCUGAAAAUUAG